CGUAGCGCCUCAAAUCGCAACGAACGUAGCUUUUCAUACGUCAAACAACACUUCGUGAAACGUUCUCCAGCUGUACGCAACUCCUACAAAUACAAUGGAUCAGGUAAAGAAGCUUACAGAGCCUGGACGCCAGUUUGCUAAAGACAGUAUUCGUCUUGUCAAGCGAUGCACAAAGCCUGACCGGAAAGAAUUUCAAAAAAUUGCUCUUGCCACAGCCAUUGGUUUUUGUAUAAUGGGCUUUAUAGGAUUCUUUGUAAAGUUAAUCCAUAUUCCAAUUAAUAACAUCAUUGUGGGUUCGUAAGCUCACGUUGAAUAGGUACAAUUAAGGUUUAAUAAGGCUAUUUCCCUCAUCCUCUCCAUCAUGUAUCUUUAUUUAUAAAAUAAAUUUUAUUUUGUUUUGAA